CAGCGAGCAAUCAGUGGGCGCCAAGUCGUGCAUGACAGGGUCCUCCUCACCUCGGAUACGAUACCUUGUAAUUGUUUAUGUCCGACCAAAGCUGCAACCACCCAGCGCAACUUCUCGACCAACAAGUCCAAACAAAAUAUCGCAACCCUUCCCACAUUCCACCCUCGAACCUGCUCCACCUCCUCUUGUCCCAAUCACAAAACUGCAUCUUGGCGCCGCGAGCACGAUAAACGGAUGCCCGUCACGCGCGCAGCAGCUCAGGCCAUGAGCGACGACGUCGACGAGUCGACACAGCCGCGCGCAUCGCGCUUCAAGGAGCACACCAACACGAAUGGCAGCAUACGACCGCCGCCCGACGAGCUAUGGAAGGACAUUGGCAUUGAGGAGCUGAUUGAGCAGUUCAAUGAGGAGAACUCGAAGCCGCCGACUUCGCGAAAGAGCUCUGCGAAUCGUGUGCCUCGCCUGGUCAAGUCUUCUUCACGGGCAGCUUCCGGGAGCGCGACGCCUUCAGAUUCUGGCGUCGUGACAACCAUACAUGGAUCGGCAUCGACGCCGUCCGAGGGGACAUACGCCCGCCUCCAGCGCGCAUUCGCGUCCAUGUUCGGCAGCGUCCUGGGCAAGCGCAAGGCCGGGGCCACAGAUGCAGAGCGCGAGAGGGACCAGUACCAGCAGAUACUAGAGGAGCGCAAGAAGGCCGCCGAGAUUGCGUACCACGAGGCCAAAGACCUCGGUCUUCUCCCUACGCCAAAGGUCUACGUGCGACCCGCCAUGAAGUCGCGGCAGGUUGGCACCCCAUCUCAGCCUGUCGCGGCCGAGAAGAUGCAGCUGGGCUUGACCGCAGCCAUGGCCGAGGCAGCCACACCUAUCCGAGCUCCACGAACACCAACUCUCCGUCACACCCCGAGCAAGAAGGAUCUGUACAAGCAGAAGAAGCUCACCAAGCGCGUCUCGGACCUCGAAUACAAGCUCGCCUCCGCCCGCAAGGAGCUCCAGACGGUCCUCUACAGCGACGUACCACCUGUCCCACGCAUCCCCGACUUCGCACCACCUACACCCGACGUCACGCAAAGCGAAAACGACGGCAGAUCGCCAAGUGCCACCCCGGUCACUGAACCUCCUCAGAGCAUCGGCAAGAUUGUAAAGAAGCGCAAGGCCAUCGUCAACGACUCGGACGGCGAAUACAAACCCAUAUACACCGAUUCCGAGGGCGACCUCGAUCUUCUCUCCGCCCACUCCGCCUCCGAAGCCGAGAUGCCUGAGCGCAGCAUAAAACGCCCCAAGAGCGUCAAGAGCCCUGCAGGCAAGAGUCCCAGGAGAACCAGUUCGAGGUUGGUGAAGAGGUUCUCGAGAAACAACUUGAGGAGUGAGGAGCCUGUCAGGGUUGUGCCCGACGGUAUGGAUGUACCUGAUGUGCCUAUCAUACCUCACGAUAUGGAGAGCAAGGGAAAGAAAGUCAAGGUCAAGAUCAGUGAUGAUGGAUUUGGAGGGUUGGGCCACGAGAUCUUCUGACUCGGACACCGAUGAUUGGAGUCCCAGUUUCUGGUUCUGCAUACCAAGAGCAUGUUGGCGAAAGCUUGUCUAAGGCGACAGUGGACGUCGGCUACUCUAACUUGGAAUAUCUUGCAUAGCACCUGGCGUGCACGGGAAGGCGUUGCCGGAGCUCUUGUUCCCCCUUUCUCAACUAGUUUCUCUUCUCUUUCCCUUUUGUCAACUCCGUUUGCAUCUCCCUCUUCCUUACACUGUGUGUGGGCCCGGGUACUAUCUUUCUUCUAUCUCUGUUCGCUACAAAACUUGGAGCUUCUUUACAUGUCUGGGCAUUCGUAUAGUCAUUCUAUUCACGAAAGCGACGAUAUCACGACCAUAAUAGCGAAUACAAAUAAUACUUGUUUUUGUACAUACUCCUAGUCGCGAGGUAGGAAC